AUGGAUGACAGUAGCGUGCGUCUUUCGUUGCGACACGGAGCGUCAGUCGCGGAAAUAUCGAAGCGCCUCGAGUCGUUCUUCGUCAAUCUCGGGGCUUCUCUCGUCCGGUGCCCUGUAGGAUCCGCGACAGGGGGAGCGCUUCCCAAGAUCCGCGACUCGCAGCCGUUACUACCUCAAACCACGUCGCAGGCUGAGGCUGCACCGACGACAAACGACACGCCUUCCACUGCCUGCAAAAGAAGUAGUUUUCGCAGAGGCGUCGCGUGCGUCGCCAGCGUCGCCUGCGAGGCCGAGGGUGGAAGGGCCAUGGGGGACGGCCUGAGGAUGCGGAAAGUAGGAGUAGAGGCGGAAGCGGAACUGCACGCAGCAGCAGAGUUGUGCAAACAAACUCCGCUUGCGGAGCUGCGCACUCUACCCGCUACAGCGCCAGCGGAACUGCGCACAGCCGAUGCUUUGAGUGCAGCCACUCAUUUGCAAUCAGACGUCACGGAAGCGCGCAUCGUGUUGGCGGAUGAGUCGCGCUGCCCGCGUUUGUCGGAGCUUUAUGAGGUUGGCCGCGAGUUGGGGCGCGGCCACUUCGGGGUCGUGCGACUGUGCGAAGACCGUGCGACGGGCGAGCGUUUCGCGUGCAAGACGAUACUGCUGAGCGGCGUGCGGCGCCGCAGCGAUCUCAUGGAGCUGAGGGCGGAAGUGCUGUCGCUGCUGCGCCUGCAGGAGGGGGAAGGGGAACGGGGGGGGAAAGAACAGGGGGCGGGGGAGCGGGCAAGGGGGGAAUGCGGAGCAGGCAGCGCGGAUGGGGAGCGGGAGGAGCUGGCGUUCGUACGGCUGUACGAGGUGGUGGUUGAAACGCGGGCGGCGUUACAUCUCAUCCUGGAGUACUGCCCGGGUGGCGAUCUGUUUGACCUCGUUAUAAGACAGAAGCGGCUUACCGAAGCACAAGCUGCCGCUGUAUUCAGUUUCUGUCUUCCUCUUUCUCCCUUCCUCUCGCACUUUGCUCCCAACGUCCCCUUCCUCCCGCCCUCUCAUGAGUGCAUGAUUCGCCCAUCAUCCUCUCCCUUCCUCCCGCUUUCAUCACCUCCCUCCCCCCCUCUCCCUCCAUCAUCUCCUUUCCACCUCUCACAAACCUCCCAGCCACCAUCCCCCUCUCUCGCCUCCCAUCCCUCCUCCCCCCGUCUUUCCCUUCCACCCUCUUCUCCCACCGCUUCCCUUUCUCCUCUUGCACCUCCUCCACCUCCUUUUCCUCCUCUCUGCUCGUCCCCUCCUCCCUCUCCGGUCACCACGGCAACCAGCCCCCCUGCGUGUCUCUGCACGGGCAUGAGAGUCAACGUGGUUGAUUUCGGGCUGGCAGCAACGCCCUCUUCUCCCACCGCUACUCCUCCUCCUCAUACCAUCACGGCAACCAGCCCCCCUCCCUGUCCCUGCACGGGCAUUCAAGUGAGGGUGGCGGAUUUCGGGCUGGCAGCGACGCUGUCGCGCGGCCAGACAGCAGUGUGUGGGGUGGUGGGCUCGCCCUUCUACAUGGCGCCUGAGAUCAUCCGGGGGAGGCCAUAUGCGGGGGAGGUCGACAUGUGGAGCCUCGGCUGCGUUCUCUACACCUGCCUGUCGGGCGAGUGUGGGAGCCAAGAGAGGGAGUGGGGGAAGGAAAAGACGAGGGAGAACGGAGAGGGAGUGGUGCGUGAGGGGGGUAGUAAGACUGACUGCAGGGGUGGAACGGGUGAAAGCAGGAGUGGGGAGGGUCUUACAGUAGAGAGGAAGGCGAGUGAUGGAGUGGUGCAUGUGGAAAAGGCGUGGGUGGAAACGCAUCCAAAGGAAGGCGCGAAUGGGCAGCAUGUGGUGGGGUGUUGCGUUGGGUGCCAUGCCAGCAGUCCCCAUACUUCCUGUCAGAGCGGCAGUGCCAAUGCUGCUGGCAGACUAGCUGUGCAGGAGAAGGUGGGUGAGAGUGCAAGCAGGAGUGAUAAUUCACCAGAGGUGGAGCAGGUGCACAGGCUGACCACGGGGAGAAGUGUCAGCGCUACGGCGCGUCACGUUUCCUUGCCUUUCAACCCAGAGCCACCGGAACAGAGCACACGCCAUAGUGAGGCAGCAGUGAGAGGUGAGGUUGAAGGACAGGAAGCGCGCUGGGAAGCAACAGUGCAGGAUUUCAUGAGAGAGAUGCAUGUGGUUAAGGCAUGUGUGAAAAGCCAUCCAGUGGAAGGCGAGGUUGGGCAGCAUGAGGUGGGGCGUGAGGUGGGUUGUCCUGAGUGCCACCCAAGCAGUCCCAACAGUCGCUGCAAAAGCAGCCAUGCUGAUGCGUGCUGUCAGAGCAGCAGUGCCGGUGCUGCUGGCAGGCUAGCUACUCAGGAGAUGGUGCGUGGGAGUGAAUGCAGGUGCGAGGAAACAGAAGAAGAGGGCAAAAUGCCUGGGCUGACCAAGGGGAGUGGGAGUGGGAGCGGGAGGAGAAGCAUUGGCACUGAAGCGAGUCACACUCACACCUCCUUGCCUUGCAAUCCAAAACUAUUGGAAGAGAGCAGACGUGGGACUCACCGUAGAGGUGGAGAGGUGGAGGGUAAGGCGUGUUUGAAAGCAUCAGUGCAUGAAUGUGCUGCGCAGAGGUGCAGUGAGGUUGCAGAGGUAGACAUCGGCUCUCCAGGUGGUGCUUGGGGUGCUGGCUGCUGUGGGAGUAUCGGCCCCACUGACUCCGGCGGCCAUGGGUUGCCAUGUGGUUACGGAUAG